GUGCAUGAAAGCCACCUCCAUAUUUCUUCCCAAGUACAGUCAAGUACCGACGCACACUCUCGGUACAACGCCCCGCUCAUAUGCGUUACAUCAUGAAAAUCGAAGAGGGAAAUGCGACUCCGCGAAGAAGCAUGAUGAAUUCAUGAUCGCCUUCCAAAGCCCUUGUAGCGGCGGGGCUUGGCCGGUCCAGAGUGGAACAGCAUUCUCGACGGAACCACUCAGGCUCCGGUGCCGUCUGCUCACGAUGGCCGCUAAAAGCUUUCCUGCGUGAAUGGAAAUCUGGCUCGAAUAAUCUUUCCAAAAGAGCUCGCAGUCUCUCUUCGCGACACUCAUUUUCAAGUGCAGCAGCAGCAACAUGGCUGACACGUCCGCAGCCAGUCAAGCGCCCGCCGGCCCUGUUGCCGUGACGGAGACAGAUGAGACGGGCAGUCUGUCCAACCAGAAACAAGGGAAGAAAAAGUCUUCUGGGCUCCAAAAUUGCUUCAGAUACUUCCGACUCCUCGUCUACGCAGAACCGACCGCAAACGACAUCGGACUGCUCUUGGUUGGGUUGUUCUCGGCCAUUGGUUCAGGCAUUCCCUUCCCCCUUAUCGGUAUCCUCUUCGGUGAACUUGUGGACAACCUCAACUCGGCAACAUGUGCAGCCCAAACGGAAACCAGCGCACAGCAGUAUCAGGAUGAUGUCAAUGACAAGCUCCUCAAGGUCGUAUAUGUCGCCAUCGCCCAGUUCGUUCUGAUCUACCUCUAUGUCGUCUGCUGGAAUCUCUCCGGCGAUCGUUUAGCCCAUCGCCUGCGUGCCAAGUACUUGAGGUCCAUCCUCAAACAGGAGGUUUCUUUCUUUGACAAGCUCCCUGCCGGAGACGUCUCGGCGCGUCUUACCGGUGAUAUCAACACCAUCAAGGAUGGCACCUCGCAGAAGGUCGGCGUCGUUCUCGGCGUCGUGUCCUUGUUCGUCACUGCCUACAUCAUAGCCUUUAUCAAGAAUGCCAGGCUUGCUGGAAUUCUCGUGUCGAUUUUACCUGCUUUCCUCUUGCUGGGAGCACUGGGUACUUACUACAUCGGGAAGUUCUCGGGGCUGAUGUCUGAACACAUGGCCAAGGCCUCCGGUGUUGCUCUGGAGAGUUUGUCAAAUGUCAUGGUCGUGCAAGCUUUCCGCGCCAACGACCGCCUGGAGAAGAAGUUUGUCGAGGAGCUGUGGAAUACCCGUAAGAAUGGUAUCAAGAAAGCCGUCGCCACGGCCAUUCAAUCGGGUUUCCUCUACUUCCUAGCCUAUGCAGCCAGUGGUUUAGCUUACUGGCAAGGAAGUCAGACUAUCGCCGACGUGGUUAGUGGCAAGCUUGAAGGCCAAACCGUCGGAACGACAUACACCAUCAUUUUCGUCUUGGUCGAUGGUACCCUUAUUCUUAGCCAGAUGGCUCCUUUCAUCCAAAUCUUCGCCUCCGCUUCAGCAGCUUUCGAGAAAUUGGAGGACGAUAUCAAUCGGCAAUCCCAAAUCGACGGAACUCUCGACUCAUCCGCUGGUACAAUUUUGUCUGAGUGUGAGGGAGAAGUCAGACUGGAGAACGUCAACUUCACCUAUCCAUCGCGGCCAGAUGUACCAGUCAUCCAAGACGUGUCUCUUCGCUUCCCGGCCAAGAAGUACACAGCAGUCGUUGGCUUGUCCGGAAGCGGAAAGUCUACCAUCGCAGGCCUGGUGACAAGACUUUAUGAUCCCGAUCAAGGCUCGCUAUUCUUGGACGGCCAUAAACUCACCGACCUAAACGUGCGCCAUCUUAGGGGCUUCAUUGGUCUCGUGCAACAAGAUCCCCUUCUACUUGACCGAUCCCUCUUGGAAAACAUUGCGCUUGGCCUGAUCAACUCUUCGAGAGAGGAACACGUUGCACUUCAACCCAUCCUCUACGGAGACACUUUGGCCAAGAUUGCGGAGGCGGUGCGAAACGGCGAGGAUGUGACUGCGGUAGCCGCUUCCCAUGGUCCCGAAGCCGUCCGGAUCAUUGAAAUGGUGCAACACGCUGCAACUCUAGCUGACGCCGGCAUCUUCCUUGACAAGCUCGAAUACGGAUUUGGUACAAUCGUUGGCCCCAACGGCGACUUGCUCAGUGGAGGCCAGAAGCAGAGGGUGGCUCUCGCCCGAGCCUUGGUCAAAGACCCGAAAAUCCUGGUACUCGACGAGGCGACCUCGUCGCUAGACUCGGCGAGCGAGCAGCGCAUCCAGAAGGCCAUUGAGCAAGCUACCGCUGGACGAACCGUUAUUUCCAUUGCGCACAGGUUGGCAACGGUCAAGAACGCUGACAGCAUCGUCGUUAUGCGCAGUGGUCGGGUCAUCGAACAGGGCAGCCAUCUCGAGCUCAUAGCCAAAGAUGCCGACUAUGCUGCACUGGUUCGCCUUCAGACCAUGGGUUCGGAAACGUCAAGUGUCAGCACGUCCAAAGGGUCCGAGUCGGCUGUCGAGCACGACAGGGUUUCCAGGUCAAUGAGCGUCACCAACGAGAAAACACCAGCAGCAGGACUCAAUAUGGCCUCCGAAGAGACAUCAACACCACCGGCCGCGGAAACUGAGAAGAAGACUAGAGCGACUAAGGCGACAGUGAAAAGUAUCAACUUCUUCGUUCGCCCGUACUGGAUCUUUUUGUUUAUCGCAUUCUUCUUCUCGGUUGUUGUUGGAGGUUCAUACUCGAGCUCUGCCGUCCUCGUCGGAAACACCAUUGGGGCUUUGAGUCCUUGUGAGCCUCCCAGUGAAAUUAAGUCCUCUGGAAGCUUUUUCGCGCUUCUAUUCUUUAUCCUCGGAAUCAUCGAGCUCUUUGCCAACACCAUCAGCUGGUCUGCCUUUGGAUGGGUUGCUGAGAAUAUCCUCUGCACUAUCAGGACUCUGUCCUACCGAUCAUUGAUGGAGCAAGAUUUACAUUGGCACCAGUCAGAGAAUCGUACGCCUUCGACCCUUCUCGCAUUCAUCACUAACGACACUACUAUUAUCGGUGGUUUGACGGGCUCUAUCAUGGGUACCAUUUUUUCAAUCGUCGUCAACUUCGUAGUAGCGGUUGUCUUGACGCACAUCAUUGCGUGGAAGAUCGCAUUGGUUUGCCUCGCAGUUGUCCCCCUGAUGUUGGGAUCAGGCAUCUUGCAGCUCAACAUUCUUGCCGCUUUCGCGACUCGCCACGAAAAAGCCUUUGCCAAGUCGGUCAGCAUCACCGUCGAGGCGGUGAACUCGAUCAAAACGGUGGCGGCACUGUCGCUAGAACAGGAGGUGCUCGGGACCUACCGUCGUUCUCUCAAUAGCCCCAGAAAGGAGAUGCUUCGAAACUGCCUCUGGGCCAAUGUGUUCCUGGCUUUUACCUUCAGUCUUUCCAAUCUCCUUUACGCGCUUGCGUACUGGUGGGGCGCGCAGAAUAUCAUCAAUGGCACAUACACCCAGACGCAGUUCUUCAUCGUGCUCAUCGCAUUGCUCGUAAGUGCACAGCAGUGGGGCGAGUUGUUCACCCUGGCUCCCGAGGUUACCAACGCCGGAAGAGCCGUCGGACGAAUCCUCGACCUGAUCGAUCUUGGAUCAACCCGAACAGUGGAAAAGAAGCCAUCGGCUAUUGACGACCCAGAGGGUGCCAUCGAGUCGAAGCCUUCGGGUCCUACGAGCGAUCAAGGCCUCCAAGUCAGCUUCAAGCAAUUGAAGUUCUCGUACCCCGCGAGGCCGAACCGUCAGGUGCUCAAGGGUCUGGACGUAGACAUCAGCCCCGGCCAGUUCUGUGCACUUGUUGGUCCCAGUGGCGCAGGAAAGUCUACCAUCGUCUCGCUGUUGGAGCGGAUGUACCAUCCCGACUCGGGCGUCAUCGAGAUUGAUGGCGUGGACGUUACAGCCAGGAAAGAAGCAGUAUUCCGUGAUGACAUCGGCUUGGUUCCUCAGGAUAACAUCCUGUUCGAGGGAACCAUUCGCUUUAACAUCGCGCUCGGAGCCCGACCAGACCAUCAGCCAACCGACCUCGAAAUCGAGGAAGCUUGCAAAUUGGCUAACAUGCACGAAACCAUCAUGGCGCUGCCCGACGGUUACGACACCCAGUGCGGUACCGGCGGUGGGCAGCUCAGUGGUGGCCAGAAGCAACGCCUUGCCAUCGCACGAGCGUUGGUCCGAAAGCCGCGAUUACUUCUGCUAGAUGAGUCGACGAGCGCCCUGGACGCCGAAUCGGAGAGGCUGCUCCAGGACGGUCUCGACAGGGCGACCAAGGGCAUCACCGUGAUCGCCAUCGCCCAUCGCCUGCACACGAUCCGCCGCGCUGACGUCAUCUUCAUGAUUGAGGACGGGCAAUGCGUGGACAAGGGUUCACACGAGGAGCUGAUGCAGAGGAGUGAGAGUUAUCGGGUCAAUGUGCUCCACCAAACUCUCAACUAAUUGGAAUUUACCUUCAUUAAGGGCCGAAGGGGAACACAAAAGGAACAUGUCGAACCGUGUACAUAAUAGCAAUUUUUAUCAAUAGACGCCAAAGUAAUACCUAGCAUUCAAGACAAGAAACCGUGGAUACCCCGCCCAGUCCUGCAAAUGGUGUUCGAAACGUCGAACCCUGUUAUCGAGUCUUCAUCAUUCCCAAAUCAUUUCGUGG